AUAAGUAACUGUUCUUGUCGUAGAUUACAUAGUUUAAUACAAUAUCAAUAAAUGUAUCAAAAAAUGCUUAAGCUGUAAGUCAAAAGUAUAUUAGAAGUACAAGAAAUACUAACUUAUGCAUUCAUUUUGUUGUCUUAUUACGUAGCCUUGACAGCACUAGAUCGCGUAACAAAGUCACGAAUUCAAUACAAAUGUUUUCCUCCUCCAGUGUGCCUCGCUGUUGUGUUGUCUGGCAAUAUUUUAAUUUGCUAUGUGGUAGAAAAUAUUUUUUUAAAUUAAGAAUAAUUUUGUAUUUAUUACAAGCACUUGUUCAUGUAACUGUACAUUCUGUUCCAAUCACAUCCUGGUCAAGUAUCUUCGCAGUGCUAUCGAGAGGCGAAACGUCGAGCGGUUUGUAUGUGACUCUUCAGAAUGGCCAACACUUUUCGAGCAUGGCUACUGCUCAUUGCGGUAGGGAGCUUCACAUUUGUUUCUUCGGCCCCUGCCGCCAUAUCCACUACAAAAACGAAGAGUAACGUCGAUAAAUGUAAGCCACUAGUUAUAGCUCACAGAGGAGCGAGCGGCUACGUACCCGAACAUACGCUGGGGGCAUACGCUCUUGCCAUUACAAUGGGAGCUGAUUACGUGGAGCCUGAUCUUGUAAUGACUCGAGAUGGACACUUGGUUGCGCGACACGAUAACGAACUUGGACUAACAACGGAUGUUGCCAUGCGCCCUGAAUUUGCCGAUCGCUUUAAAACAAAAACAAUCGACGGCCACGAAAUGUCAGGCUGGUUCACCGAAGACUUCACUCUUGCCGAGAUCAAAACCCUUCGAGCUGUCGAACGUAUACCCGAAACGAGACCAGGGAAUGCUCGUAUGAACGGCAUAUUCCAAAUUCCGACUUUCCAAGAAAUAAUCAAUCUAGUGAAAAGCUUACAAAUCAGCCAAAUGCGACCCAUUGGUAUCUACCCCGAAAUAAAGCACAGUACUUAUUUCAAACGAUUGAAUCUGCCAAUGGAAAAUCUCGUGGUUGAAACAUUCCGUAAGAAUGGUUAUACUGGUGCUUCAGCCCCAGUGUAUAUACAAUCCUUCGAGGUGAACAAUCUGAAAUAUUUGAAAACGAUCACAGAUCUUAAACUAUUGCAACUCUACGAAAGCAAUCCUUCCGACCAGCCUUAUGAUCAAGUUGUUGCUAGAACUGGACUUACAUACGCCGAUAUGGCAAUGCCUUAUGGACUCAAAAAAGUUGCUAAAUAUGCCACUGCCGUUGGACCUGAUAAAAGUUAUAUCAUCCCGCGUAAUCAAGACAACACUUUAGGCGAACCUACGAGUUUCGUUCAAGAUGCCCACGCGGCAGGUUUAAAAGUUCAUCCGUACACAUUCCGUGCAGAGAACACGUUCUUACCUUCAGAGUUUAGAAGUAAAAACCCUUCGAAGGCUGCUAUAGGAGAUUUAUAUGGCGAGCUGAGAGCCUUUUUCGCGACUGGAAUUGAUGGUCUAUUUACAGACCAACCAGACAAACCUAUAGCUAUAAGAGAAAACUGCAUUUAUUCCUAAAAAUAUUUCGACUCCACUGUAAAUGUAUAAGAGUAUACUUAAAUUGAAUUUUAUUAUGCUUAACCCAGUAUUUGAUAAUAACCAAAAGU